UCAUCCCGGCAGACACCGAGAGCCGCGGCAGCAGAGAGCAGCGCUGGAAAAUGGCUGAAGCGGCCACGGGCUUUCUGGAGCAGCUCAAGUCCUGCAUAGUUUGGUCUUGGACGUAUCUCUGGACCGUGUGGUUCUUCAUCGUGCUCUUCCUGGUCUACAUCCUGCGGGUGCCCUUGAAAAUCAACGACAAUCUGAGCACAGUGAGCAUGUUUUUGAACACAUUGACACCGAAGUUCUACGUGGCCCUGACAGGCACUUCCUCACUAAUAUCAGGGCUUAUUUUGAUAUUUGAAUGGUGGUAUUUCCGCAAGUACGGAACUUCAUUCAUUGAACAAGUCUCAGUGAGCCACUUGCGCCCCCUGCUGGGAGGGGUUGAUAACAACUCCUCCAACAAUUCUAACUCUAGUAACGGAGAUUCAGAUUCCAACAGGCAAAGUGUCUCAGAAUGCAAAGUAUGGCGAAAUCCACUCAAUUUAUUUAGGGGUGCCGAGUAUAAUCGGUAUACUUGGGUGACAGGACGAGAACCUCUUACUUACUACGACAUGAAUCUCUCUGCCCAGGACCACCAGACAUUCUUUACUUGUGACUCGGACCAUCUGCGGCCUGCAGAUGCAAUAAUGCAGAAAGCCUGGAGAGAGAGGAACCCCCAAGCUAGGAUUUCUGCAGCUCAUGAAGCCUUGGAGAUAAAUGAAAUCAGGUCCAGAGUUGAAGUUCCCCUAAUUGCUUCCUCUACCAUCUGGGAGAUAAAAUUGUUACCAAAGUGUGCAACUGCUUAUAUUCUCUUGGCUGAAGAGGAAGCAACAACCAUUGCUGAAGCAGAAAAACUAUUUAAGCAGGCCCUGAAGGCUGGCGAUGGCUGUUACCGGCGUUCUCAGCAGCUACAGCACCACGGAUCCCAGUAUGAAGCCCAACAUAGACGAGACACCAAUGUUUUGGUCUACAUCAAAAGAAGGCUAGCGAUGUGUGCCAGAAGACUUGGAAGGACCAGGGAAGCAGUGAAAAUGAUGAGAGAUUUAAUGAAGGAGUUCCCCCUUCUGAGCAUGUUCAAUAUCCAUGAAAACCUUCUGGAAGCCCUUCUGGAACUGCAAGCGUAUGCUGAUGUUCAAGCAGUCCUAGCAAAGUAUGAUGAUAUAAGCUUACCAAAGUCGGCCACCAUAUGCUACACAGCAGCCUUGCUCAAAGCAAGAGCUGUCUCUGACAAAUUCUCUCCUGAGGCUGCAUCUCGACGGGGGCUGAGCACAGCAGAGAUGAAUGCGGUAGAGGCCAUUCACAGAGCUGUGGAAUUCAAUCCUCAUGUGCCAAAAUACCUACUAGAAAUGAAAAGCCUAAUCCUACCCCCAGAACACAUCCUGAAGAGAGGAGACAGUGAAGCAAUAGCGUACGCCUUCUUUCAUCUGGCGCACUGGAAGAGGGUGGAAGGGGCUUUGAAUCUUUUACACUGUACGUGGGAAGGCACUUUUCGAAUGAUCCCUUAUCCCUUGGAAAAGGGGCACCUAUUUUAUCCUUACCCAAUCUGUACAGAAACAGCAGACCGAGAGCUGCUUCCAUCUUUCCACGAAGUCUCAGUUUACCCAAAGAAGGAGCUUCCCUUCUUUAUCCUCUUCACUGCGGGAUUGUGUUCCUUCACAGCCAUGCUGGCCCUCCUGACACACCAGUUCCCGGAACUCAUGGGGGUCUUCGCAAAAGCUUUCCUCAGCACGUUGUUUGCCCCCUUAAACUUUGUCAUGGAGAAAGUGGAGAGUGUCCUCCCGUCCAGUCUGUGGCACCAGCUGACGCGGAUCUGAGGGAAGCCCCUUCCCCAGCUCACCUCACACAGCCGAUGCCACCGUCUCCUCUGUGCCAACUCCUUGUGGACUGCAAGAAAGCAUGACUUUGAAAAAGGGAAGCCAUUCCGGAUUUUAAAAUGUUCAUGGACUGUCUGUUCCAUAUUAAAAGCUGUUUUGUUGUACAAAAUUACUGAUGUUCAGUUCUAUUUUAUUUUGCCUUCAGAAAAGAAGAAAAAAGUAAAAAAUAAACUUUUGUGUAUUGCAGCAA